UGAGAGAGGGGGAAGGAGGGAGGGAGAGAGAGCUAGCUAGCUAGCUAGCUAGAUAGAUAGACAAACAGGGAGAGAGAGAAAAAUGGCGCCUCGAUGCUGCGCUCACUGAGGCAGUGUUUGGAGCUGGCUUGGGAGAUUCGGUAAGGGCAGACAAAAGGAAAAAACAUGGUGAACACAAGGAAAGGCUCACGGUCGGGGAGCGGUCCCUUCAUCUCCUCGAGGACUAGAUCGUCGUCGAGAACCGAGCGAAACUCUGAUGAACAUAAAGAGCUCAGUAGUGAUGUGAGCAGUCCAAGCAGUUCGCGGCUGGCUCCCCCGUCCAAGCGGAUGCGGCGCCAGACUGCCUCCGAGCCCAGCUCCAGUGAUACCUCCCCAUCCCCUCAGACCAAGGGCCAGAGGGUCAGCUGGGAAAUUCCCACCUACCACACCAGGUUGUCCUCUCGCAUAAUGCAAAAUGGACAUGCCCAUAUGAGUCACCGGAAUGAAGAGAGUGGAGGGGGAGAUCACUCUCGCAUGAAUGGCCAUGUGGAGCUGAAGAGGAGCUGCCGCGUGAAGAAGAGCCAAUUUGAACACCUCAAUCAGAGCCUGCUGUUUGACCAGCUGGUCAACAGCACUGCGGAGGCUGUCCUUCAGGAGAUGGACAACAUCAGCAGCAUCAGGCAGAACCGUGAGGUGGAGCGACUUCGCAUGUGGACAAGAGACACUGAGGAGGAAAACAUGGACAUGUAUUCUCGGGUGAAGCGCAGAAAAUCCAUGCGCAGGGGCACUUUCAGCAUGCCUACACACCACAAAGUCAUGAGCAAGACGGAGCAGGAGGAUGAAGAGGAGGAAGAGACGGAAGAUUCUCACGGGGAGGAAGAGGAGGAGGACGCAGAGGAUGAAGACGACGAAGGGGAUGAAGCAGAAGAGGCAGGAGAGGAAAAUGACAGGCCGUACAAUCUAAGGCAGCGGAAGACGGUGCAGAGAUAUGAGGCACCACCUAUUGAACCUGUGAAUAGAAAACAGAGCAACCCCUCACUUUUUGACACCCACAGAUCCCCAGCAAGAAGAAGCCAUAUAAGAGUGAAGAAACAUGCCAUUCACAGCAGUGACACCACCUCGUCUUCUGAUGAAGAGCGGUUUGAGCGGAGGAAAAGCAAAAGCAUGACCCGGGCCAGGAACAGAUGUUUGCCCAUGAACCUGGCGUCAGAAGACCUUGCUAGUGGGGUGCUGCGUGAUCGGGUCAAAGUGGGUGCCAGCUUGGCCGAUGUGGAUCCCAUGAACCUUGAUAGCUCAGUGAAAUUUGACAAUGUGGGUGGCCUCAGUAAUCACAUUCAGUCGCUAAAGGAGAUGGUUGUGUUCCCACUGCUUUAUCCUGAGAUCUUUGAGAAGUUUAAGAUUCAGCCUCCCAGAGGGUGUUUGUUCUACGGCCCUCCGGGGACAGGAAAGACCCUGGUGGCACGGGCGCUUGCCAAUGAGUGUAGCCAGGGAGACAGAAAAGUUUCCUUCUUCAUGAGGAAAGGAGCCGAUUGCCUCAGCAAGUGGGUUGGCGAAUCAGAACGCCAGCUUCGCCUGCUCUUUGACCAGGCUUACCUUAUGAGGCCAUCCAUCAUUUUCUUUGACGAGAUUGAUGGUUUGGCUCCUGUUCGCUCCAGCAGGCAAGACCAGAUACACAGUUCUAUUGUGUCCACGCUGCUGGCCUUGAUGGACGGCUUGGACAGUCGUGGGGAGAUAGUGGUCAUUGGUGCUACAAACAGACUUGACUCUAUCGACCCGGCACUCAGGAGGCCUGGACGCUUUGACCGGGAGUUUCUGUUCAACCUGCCCGACAAGAAGGCCAGAAAGCACAUCUUGGAGAUUCACACACGGGACUGGAAUCCCAAAUUGGCUGAGCCAUUUGUAGAUGAACUUGCAGAAAAAUGCGUCGGCUACUGCGGUGCUGACAUCAAAGCACUUUGCACAGAGACCGCCUUGGCGGCGUUGCGCCGCCGCUACCCCCAGAUCUACGGCAGCAGCGUCAAACUGAAGCUGGACAUCGGCUCCAUUGUCCUGGGGCCCGGCGACUUCAGCAAGGCCAUGAGGACAAUCGUCCCUGCUUCCCAGAGGGCCCUGGCUCCCCCUGGCCGAGCCCUGUCCCCCUCCCUCAGGCCGCUGCUGGCCAGCUCCUUCUCCUUGUUGCUGAAAGCUCUGCUCCGAGUCUUCCCCCACGCUCAGUGUACUGACAGGGACCACACACACGGCGCUGACAAUCAACUGCUUGAAGAGGACGUGUACAGUGAUGAUGACAAUGAAGAACGCUCUGCUUCCAUCUAUGAAGUCCAGCCUGCUGCAUCCCCAAAGAGUCAGCACUCCUCUUCUGCAACGCACAGACCCUUCCUCCAUUUCUCCUCCUCUGCCCUCCAACAGCCGACAGCCUACCGGCCUCGUCUGAUAUUGGCCGGUCCCCCGGGCUCAGGACAGAGUUCCCACUUGGCCCCCGCCUUGUUGCACCACCUGGACAAGCUGCCAGUGCACCUCCUGGAUUUGCCCACUCUGUACUCCGUCAGCGCCAAGACGCCUGAGGAGUCCUGUGCUCAGGUUUUCCGCGAGGCCCGCCGGAGCGUGCCCAGUGUGGUGUUCAUACCACAUAUCUCAGAGUGGUGGGAGAUAGUGAGUGACACUGUUAAGAGCACCUUCCUCACCCUGCUGCACGAUGUUCCCUCUUUCUGCCCUGUCCUUAUCCUCGCCACUGCUGAGACCCACUACUCCCAGCUGUCAGACGAGGUGAGAAGUAUUUUCCAGAAGACCUACGGGGAGGUAGUCACGCUGUGUCCUGCAGGACCAGAGGACAGGAGAAGUUUCUUCACAGACCUGCUGUUGGUCCAAGCGGCCAGGGCUCUGCCACGCUUCAGGAAUAAGGAGAGGCUUGAAGAGGUACUACCGGUGGCAGAGGCUCCAGGCCCCAGAGUCCUGUCAGCAGAAGAACAGCGCCGCCUGGCUGAGCAGGAGGAGAACACACUACGAGAGCUCAGGCUCUUUCUCAGGGACGUGACCAAGCGCCUGGCCACUGACAAACGCUUCAACAUCUUCAGCAAGCCAGUUGACAUUGAGGAGGUGUCCGACUACCUGGAGGUUAUUCGGCAGCCCAUGGACCUGUCCACUGUCAUGACCAAGAUUGACACCCUCCAGUACCUGACAGUGAAGGACUUCCUGUUGGACAUCGAUCUCAUCUGCAGUAAUGCUUUAGAAUACAACCCUGACAAGGAUCCCGGAGACAAGGUGAUCAGGCACCGAGCAUGCAGUUUAAAGGACACAGCCCAUGCUAUAUUUGCUGCAGAGCUGGAUCCCGAGUUCGACCGCAUGUGUGAAGAGAUCAAGGAGGCACGCAGGAAGAGGGACCUCCAGGCGCCAGCUCAGCCGACGACGCUGAUGGGCGCUGUGGCAACCAGAAAGCACCACACAGCAGGAGAGGAGCAGGCCAGGAGCAGCACUCAGGGCGAGGCCACGGACAAACAGUGCACCACUAAUCACAUAAAGCGAAAGAUGCGCCGGCGACCAUCUUGGGGGCGGGGCAUCAUCCGUAAGAAGAAGAUCUACAGGAAGGAAAUGGAAGAGGAGGAGGACGAGGAGGAGGCAGAGGUGGAAGCUGCAAGGCCCAGUGACUCAUGCGUGACACAGGAUGAAGAAUCAUCAUCUUGUGAAACCAUGGGUCUCCAGCCCAAUGGCCACCUUCCCCACGUCCCCUCCACAGAGGAGGAGAGCUCUAACGAGCCCCCUGUUGCAGCUCCAGCUGAACCUCCAGAUGCCAGUAAAGCCCAAAAAGAGCCGACACCUAAGGAUGAGGAGCCCACAGCCAAAGAGGCAGAGCCUGAGAACACAGAGAAAUGCAAUGCACUGUUUUGGCUUGAUGGCAGUACUCAGCCCAUGGCUGACGGGGACGGCCAGACCAGGCAGGCUGACUUCCAGCCUUUGAUUGAAACGUCCGAGUCUUUAGAUGCUGAGGUCCAGCCGAAGCACACAGAUGGUCUCCUAGUAUCACAAGCGGACUGUGUGAAUGGAAAUGCAUCAAUGGACAGCCUGGAUUCGCAGAGCCUCAAAAGCAUCAGUGAGGCUGAGAAAAGGACUCCCCAGAGUCUAGCUGAAAGCUCUAAUGGACCAGAACAGGAAGAGCACACGGACAAAAAUGAGAGCAAUCAAACUCAGGAGCCCCCUCCCCAGGAUGGCAGGGCAGCAACAGAAAAUGUUGAGGAAGAUCAAGAUUUAGAAGGGGGUUCCACAGCCAAGACAUGCAAGGUGAGCCUGUCAGAGCAGCUGAAGGGAUCUGCUGAAUGUACAGAGGAAGAGCCGCAACCUCCCCAUCCUCUCUUGGUGGUUGACCACCAGCGGCUUUCGGCUCUCCUGGAUGUGGUGGUGGAGAAGAGUGAGGGCUACAGUGUGGAGCAGCUGGAGAGACUGUACUCGCUCCUCAGCCAGUGUAUCUACCAGCACCGCCGAGAGUACGAAAAGACCCAGCUACUCGAGGAGAUGGAGGAGAGAAUCCAGCAUUUCGAUACAUUCCUGUGAGAAUACCUAAUCAGGUAGCUCCUGCACAGCCUGGGACCACAAAGACACACAAACUGAGGGAGCGAGAGGGAAGGAGCUUCUGAGUCCAGCCCUCAACACAAAACACACACACAUGAAAAUCCAGCCCCCUUUUCUUGCUGGGAGGGGACACAACGAGGACGACGUUGAGGACAGAGACAUUCAAUGGUGCUAUCGUCUCAGGAACCUGGCCAGAUCCAGACCUUAUUCUACACAACCAAACUCCUGGAGGUGUGUCAGUUACACUCAGUUACACACACUCUAACGGUGACGAGCAACCCUGGUGCUACUCGGGUGCUAUCCUAACUUUUAUCCACGCUGCUCUUGGGAUUAUUUCUUAACUUGGAUGACUAGCAAAACCCAACAGAUCGGGUGAUGUCAUAUCGCAACCUGGCCCCUUCUCUCCGGAGCCGGCCGUGCAUACACACACACACACCUUGACACUUGGUUAUGCAUGUAUUUCUACAAACGCACACCGAUUCUUACCAGCAGAAGUGUGAAUGCAGAGUGGCGCUAGGCGAUGAGGACAGAUAAUGUUCUGAAUCACUGAACCCCGUUGCUGAGCCCAUCUUUCCCUCGCGUUUGAAUGCUUCGUCAUAGGCCAGUUGUCACCACGCUGUUACGCGGCUCAGCCAUUUUAGCUCCAUGCUUUUUUAAUUAAAUAUCUGAGCCACCGUCAAGGAUCCUCACCCAGAACAAUGGUUUACAAGGAAGUUUUGUGAACUCAAAUUUGAUGAGGUUAGCACAGCAGGACUAGAGCCCGUGAUGUCCUCUUUAUUACAGCGGCCAGCGGGGGGGGGGGAGAGCUGUUAGCCCCCCUCAGCGUUUGUGUCAGUUACUGGUGAACAAGCGGAGCGCGACUGUAGCUCAGUUGUACAACCACUAGGCUCCUAGACCACCUCUGGCGUGCAGUCUUAGCAGAUUGUCAAGUCCUAAAUCGUUUGUGGUAGCUACCCCCCCCCUUUACUACAUUCAGUCUGAAUGUUUUCCCUCCCUCUCAAGCUGUGCCCGCCCGUUGAUUUUCCUGCAGACGCCCUGGAAGCAGUACAAAUUUAAAUGCGUGUAGAGUUUGCACUGCCUAGUGUGUGCCUUAUUUCAAACCUCAAAUGAAACGCUGAUAUGUUCAGCAGGAUUCUUUUCUUUACUACUUGUGACAAUGAACAGGCUCCAAGUUGGGGUGGGCCCUAACCACUGAGGUCAGUUACCUUAAAGCAAAAUAUAUAUAUAUAAAUUUCAUUUUACCAGAUAUACCUAGGUUAUCUCCAACAUGAUCCAAAAAAAAUUACGUUCAAAAUUUGAAGAUAAAAAGGUGUUACAUACAGAUAAUACUUACCAUCUGUGAAAAUGUUCUGAUUUUGAAAUUUAUUGAUGCCCUGUUAAAACCCAGACCUGCUGGGGAGGUCAGUCUCCACCUGAGCUGACAGAUGGAGAGGUUGACAACACCAGCUUUUCAGUUUUCCAUAUGCAAAACAAAAACAUUAUCAUGUGAGUCAAAGGAUUUACCGUGCCAAGUGUUAUCCCACUCCUUAAUAAAAGGUGCUGACAUGACGGUGCCUGUUCACAGAAAUUCAGUUUCAUCUAUGAACAUGUUCUAGUAGACAGUCAUUACAACAGAGGUUGUAAUGAAUUUGCUAAUGAUUUUUUACAUGUUUUUUUUAAUACAAAUGCUUUGCUUGAGUUGAUUUUGCAUGGGUUGUGAAUCCAUAAUGAACAAGGCCAUUCUAGGCAGUGCCCAUCACUAAGGUGUGUAAAGCAUUACAUGAAAUCUUAUUUAUUUUUUUCUCUUUAAAUGAGUGUAUCGACUUUAUGGAAUUUAUUUCAUCUGUUUUGUCUCAACACAAGACGAGAGAAGCUGGAUUCUCAUCUGAGGCCAUCACAGUAAAUAGUUUUCUGACUGCAGUAAAGGUGUUUCCUGAAGCUUUAGAACGUUUUCAUGGCAUUGUUAUGGUUUUGGAGAUGCCAUAUUUUGAGCUAGUUAGUCCUGGAGAAGGUCCCCUCUUGUCCAGUCCUCAAUCCUCUUGGUGCAACUCUGACCCCAGCUCACCUGCCUUUUCUCAGACCCUAGGUGAUAAAAGCAAAGACCAUAUGCAAACUGGCAACAACAGGUUAGCAUUUGGACAACUGCAGAGAGAAAAACCAACGCUACCUCAGCUUAAUUUAUUUUAAUGCGAAAAACUUUUUUUUUUCUCCCCCGAAAUACUGUUGCAACAUCUACAGUACCAUCAAAGGUACCAGAUCAGUGAAACCACAGCUGCCACAGUAAUCCAAGUUGUUCUGUUUGUUUGCGUUUGAGCCAGAUGAUGAUUGCAUACAUUUUCAUGGAUUGUAUAUUUAAUGCUUAUGUUUCAGGUUCUUAAUUUCUACAGUACCUAGUUCUCCUCUUUCGUGUUAUCACCCACGGCGAGCAUUCUCUGCCUAUUUACACAACCAUCGCCUUUAUUUUAAAUUUAAUGUUUUGUUCGUUUUGUCAGAUUUUCAUCUCAUGGUUCAGAUUAUUUAUUAUGAAACAUGUUUUACACUUAAUUUUCAGCCAAUUGUCUUUUUGUACGUUUUGAAAUUUAACAAAUCGGGAAGCAUUGCACGUCUGUUUUAACAAUUUUGCUGAACUGCGUAGCGUUUGUGUAGCAGUUUUAUUUUUUGGCGUGUACGGGGGAAUAAAGGGUUUACAGGUCUCAGGUUCAACACGCGACAACAUGCCCUUUCAACCUUUUCUAUUUAUUUCAUUGUUCUGGUGUUUUCUGUGUUAAAGCGGUUACAGUUUGUGGCAUACUGGAAGAGACGAUCUUUAGAAAGUGUCUAGUACAUCCCCGAAAGAGAAACAGGACCAGAUGUUGUUCACUUUGUCUCCACUUUCUGCCAAAAGAGUUAUUUUUUAUGAAUUUAGGAACACAUGAGAGUAAAAUAUGGGUAGUUAAAUGUCAUACAUUGUGAUCUUCCUUUCUUAUAAAUUGUAGCCAGUUUGGACUAACAACCAAUUUUUGUCUGGUAGUUGAGACUACUUGGUCCAGUAUGCAGAGGGAAAGGGUUUGUUCUAUUCUGAAUUACUUUGUUCUUCCCCAUUUCUUUCACUUAAUUUAGUCAAGUUUCCAUAGCUUUGUCAAUUCUGUUUGUGUAUUUAACACACCUGUUCGCAAUUGUUACUUUAGUGUAAGUUAUAUUUGAAAUGAAACCUUUACUGUAUUUCUCAAAUAAACUGCUGUGAUAUACUUGAAUAAAAAAAGGUGCAAACUGUA